AUGAGAAAUCUCAUUCCAAUAGCCCCGGCUGUGAAAACUCAUAGUAUUCUCCCCUCAAUGGCUGACUCCGGAGAUAAAGAAUACCCAACCGAUCGUCCCGCCUACGUAAUAUGGGCGCUGGGUCGUUUAGAUGAGAACAAAGAACCAAGCUUUCACGAUUAUUACCCCAAAUCCGAUCUUAUGCUCAAUCUUAACCGUCAAGAGCCCGAGAACACCUGUACAGAUUUCACCGAGUCGAAUCGAAAGUUGCAGGACCUUUGGGAGAAAUCCGACAUCUUCGACAGGAGCAUCAGAACGUUCAAAGCGACGAUAGGACCUUCUGGAGGGAAGCGAGGUUACCAGGGCAUCACAGGACAGACGUCAAUCGGGUUGGCAUGGUACAUCAAUGGGCAACUCAUUCCUGAGUUGUAUCUUCGGAGAGGACUGACUUACAGUUUUCGAGUUCAUGGAGGCAACAAUCCUCACAGCGCGAAUCAAUACCACCCCUUGAUCAUCACCGAUGAACCGCAUGGGGGGUAUGACAGACUCAGCGAUGGGGCACAGAGUCAGGUCAGAGUUUUGGCUGGGGUUGAGUUUACCAGGCGGGGGCGACCUAGACCUACUGCUGUUGGCCCUCUUUGUCUGAGUAAACAUGGAAAUCGGGAUAGGAGACUUGAUGAUGAUUUUCUGACAUUUAAAAAGUUCAAUAGAACACUUGUUCAUACUUGUGAAGAAGGUGAAGGUGGAUUGUUAGAAGUCACCCCGAACUCCAGCUGGCCGGACACAGUCUGGUACAAUUCAUUCACUCACGCCAACAUGGGUUGGAAAAUUCAUGUAGUGGAUGAAUACAUGAGAGUUAGUGCAAACCGUGCAUUCACGAUAACCACUAAUUAUCUAACAACAGCUGUCAUUGUAUUAUUUUUUCGUAUUUUUUAAAAGGAAUAAAUAUAAAAUGACAAGACUGAUAAGCAGAUAUAUACAUUCAAAAUUUUGAGGUACUAUUCCUUGAUCUUGUAUGACUGCUAUCUAGGGGGAUCUGAACUGAGUGAUUAAAAAGAAUAAUUAGCUCUUCAUCAAAUUUUAUUAUCCAUUGUUUUUAUAGUAAUUAUCAUUCCCUGUUAUGCAAACUAGGGAGUAAGUUAAGGAUGCUGAGGAAUGAAUAAAAUUAUUGAAUGACAAAUGUAAUUUUUUCUCUUU